AUGGCUACUCUGAUCUAUGUUGAUAAGGAAAAUGGAGAACCAGGCAUCCAUGUGGCUCCUAAGGAAGGGCUGAAGCUGGGGUCUGUACCUUCAAUCAAAGCUUUAAAUGGGAAAUCUCAGGUUUCAACACCACGUGUUGGCAAAAUAUUUGAUGCUCCACCAGCUUUACCAAAAACUGCCAGAAAGGCUUUGGGAACUGUCAACAGAGCUACAGAAAAAUCAAUUAAGACGAAUGGACCGCUCAAACAGAAACAGACAACUUUCUCGACCAAAAAGAUUACUGAGAAGACUGUUAAGGCAAAAAGUUCAGUUCCUGCCUCAGAUGACACCUAUCCAGAAAUAGAAAAAUUCUUUCCAUUUGAUCCAUUAGAUUUUGAGAGUUUUGACCUGCCUGAGGAGCACCAGAUCGCACACCUCCCCUUGACUGGAGUGCCUCUCACGAUCCUUGAUGAGGAGAGGGAGCUUGAGCAGCUGUUACAUGUGGGCCCGCCUUCGCCUCUGAAGAUGCCGCCUCCGCUGUGGGAGCCUAAUCUGUUGCAGUCUCCCUCAAGCAUUCUGUCCACUCUGGAUGUUGAAUUGCCACCUGUUUGCUGUGACUUAGAUAUUUAA